GCAUCAGUUUCAGGCUGGACGUCCAUUCAUGUGGAUUCGUCAGGCUUUUUUAGAAUUUUUUUUUUGACGUUUUUUAAAUGGCAACAGGUGAAAAUAUAUUUGGAGGCUUUACACUUCUGAAUUCUUCUUCAGCAUUAGAGAAUGGAGGAGCACGUGAUGACUAAAUAAUUUUAUACUUACAAUCUUUAUUUCACAUCUUCAUCGCUGGAUAUUUUUUAUACCUUUAUAAUGAACAAUGAUCCCAACUAAUAAAAUAUUUAUUCCAAAUAAUAAUAUAUUUAUUUGGACACUUGUAAAAUUGUAAAAUAUCAUUAAUGAAAUAAAUAAUGAAUUUAAUGCAUAAUCCUGAAUGAGGAAAACGAUAAAAAGUGAAAAAUGGAAUCUUUGGAUGACAAUGAGAAGAUGAAAAGGAGAGGAAAAGUGCGGUAGGGAGUGACGGUAUGUGUGAGGGUAGAUGAGAGUUCUCUCGUUGGAUGAUUAUAAUGUUUGUGUUGGGUUGGAUGCCCAGCGAUUGGCUCUCGCGGUUGAAUAGCCCGUGGGCGGUGCUAUCAUCUCAUCCCUUUAAAUAUAAACGUGUGUUAGAUACCCAGUCGUUCACCAAGGUCCGUCACAACUAGUUCACUUUGUUAACUCGGCUUGAACAAGUCGAAAUUAAUCAUAACCGGCCCAACAAUUUAUAGUAAUUGGUUGAGAUUCCAUUAACACUUAUUCGUGAAUUGCAACAAACAAGAGACACCGCGGUGUAUUACAUUUAUCAAUUUGUGAUGAUCUGAGGCCUUUCAUUAUUUUUUAUUAUUUUUUAUUGGGUUUAUGGGAGCUGAUUGGUUGAGGAGUGAUUGUGAUUAGUCUUCAUGAACCUUGUCGAUUAUUCCGGGCAAUCGUUGCUUCUGGAUUAUCCGAGGGAUUAUUUGACUGAGGAAUUCCUUGGAAAUUUUAACGAAUUUACGAUGGAUGGAACACCCUUCGAUGAUCCAAUAUUUUCUGAUUUUGGGGGACGUAGUGGAAGUGGUGUGCACAGCAUUCAGGUGAUGCUUGGACUUCAUGGGGCACAUCAUGCUAGUGAUCUUAUUCCACCUGGGGGUCAUCUUCAUAAAUUGGAUGCCGCUGAGGAGUCACCGCCUCAUCAUCAGGGACAUCAUCUUCAGGGGCAGGGACAGCAGAGUAAGGAGCUCAAGGAAUUGGAGCUUGCUGGGAUGUAUGCACCUCUGGCUCAGGGGGAUGUCACCAUUUCUACCACCAGCUCUAUCACUCCGACCUCCACUGCUCUCCACCAGACCAUCCAGAUCGGGGGUGGCAUCAAGAGAAAAGGAGACGAUAAUAUCAAUUCUAUAGUACAAGUUGCAAACGAGACGCAGCCAACGAAAAAGGACUCGAAGAAGAAAUCGAAUAACGAUGGGAUCAAGAAGAAGAAGACACGAACAACCUUCACAGCCUACCAACUGGAGGAGCUGGAACGUGCAUUUGAGCGUGCCCCAUAUCCCGAUGUAUUUGCUCGUGAAGAGCUAGCCCUGAAGCUGCAGCUCUCCGAGUCUCGUGUGCAGGUGUGGUUUCAAAAUCGUCGAGCAAAGUGGCGGAAGCGUGAGCCACCCCGAAAAACCGCGGGUUACAUGACAACAGGUGGUGGUAGCGGUGGUCUCUCCGGUUCCUUCACAUCCCUGAACAACAGCCUGAACCCCUUCGCCUCGAGCACGAGUGUAGCAACAGCAACACCACCAGACGCCUGGGCAUAUUCCCCAGCUUACGAUUUAGCGCCUCACAUGAAUCUCUUGAGUCCCUCGAGCUCUCCCUAUUCCGGAUCAUUCGCUGGUCCAAGUAAUAAUGGAUCGGCUUAUUCUUAUGCUACGAUGUUGCCACAACAUGACGCCACCCUCUUCACAACACCCAGUGGCAACUCAAUGCGCGUUCACCAGGACUACAUGACAGCAGCAAACAACAGCCCACCACCAUCGACUCUCACACGAGCUGAUUAUCAGAGUAUGGUAUCUGCUCAUUCACCUCAGCACUCGAAUCAUCUCAGUGCACCUGGAAGCAAUUCACUCUCGGAGGAUGAGCAUCAGAAUAAAUUGGAUUAUGUUGCUGGACUCAGUCCCAAUGAUAAGUAUCAUCAUGACCAGGAUUAUUCACAUCAGCCUGAGAACACUCAUAUUAAGCAGGAGUAUGGAAUGCAUUCACCACCCUCCAGUGCUCGUAAUAUCAAGAACGAGGUCAUGGUGAAGAGCGAGGGAUCCGCACAGAAUUAUGUUCAGCUACCGCCUUUUUUGAAUUAACACGAACCCUCAGGCGCGGGGUUCACACUGGAGUAUCAUGUGCCUUACAGCUCUAGGGAUCGGUUUUGGCGAGUUUUAUUCGAUUUUUCAUUUUCAUUUGUUGAUUUUUUUUUCUGUUCAAAUAGAAAAUUUCGCGUGGAAAAUUUUUCAAUACGUCCGCCAGUCUCGCCAGUGGACGAUACGAAAUGCGAGAAAAUUCCCCGAGAAAUGCAAUUUUUUCAGAAAAAUACAGAGAAUUUUCAAUCGAUAAUUAUUCUAAGUCUCAUCGUUACUGUUGUUACCUCCUCAAUAUUUCCGAGAAAAUGUAUUAAAUUUUAUAAAAGAUUCUAGAUAAAUUAUCUAUUGGAAAUUCAUUUGAACAUCGAGCAGUCGGAGUUCUAUUUCCGAGUGAAUAAUUCACAGCGAACGCCCUAGACUUUUCAUCGUCGUUUGCUAAGCGUUAGAUUAAGAUUAUUCCCCAUUUCAAAAUUAUUGAGCCAUCAAAUUUAGAUUUAUCUGACUAAUUCUAGUUCUUCCUGACAGACCAAAGAAAGAAUUCCAUGCCUACUCUAUUCUCUUCCCGUAAAAUGAUUUUGAGUUUUUCGCAUUCCCAUUCACAUACAGGAAUCAACGGAGAAAGGGGAAAAUGGGCCAUCAAGCAUUAUUAAUUAUUAAUUAAUUGAUUAAUUGAGCUCAGGCCAGUUAAUUGCAAAAUAAAAAAUUGCUCGAUACGAA